CGUCCCGGCCAACGCGCAGCAGCCGCCGUGCAGCCGCCGCCGCCGCCCUUCUCGCGAGACCCACCCAGCCGCGCCUCGGCCCGCCCCCCGGAGCCCCCAUUGGUCGCUGCCGCUACCUGGCUUCUCGCGAGACCCGCCCCUCGGCGCCCCCAUUGGCCGCCGCUGGCGACUUCCGGUUCCGGAAGCCCGGCCGGGCAGUGGGUCAGCUUCUGCCGGGAGUGGAACCCCGGGCCCAGGGCGUUGCCAUCUACGGGGUUUUAAAAGCGGAAUUGUUCCUGUCACUCCGAGGUCUCCGACCUCCGCCUACGAAAGCGUAGACACACCCCCAUAUGGCGGCUCCGGGUUCUGCCGGUCUUCCAGGCUGGUUUGCAAAGCUGGCGCCUGCCUGCGAGCUCUUUCCUGCCCCGGCACGGGCUUCCCGUGCAGGUGCAGCGCUGACGAUUGGGGCCGCCUCUGCACGCACCUGCAGUAGUGACCACUGGCAUAUGGUGGAGGGGAAGAGCGUCCUCCAGAAACGGCCCCGGCAUGGCUUGAGAUAUUGGGACCCACAGCUGGAUGAUGGCAGUUCGUGUGAGACCGUUGCCUCUUCCUUCCUCCCUCUUUGAGGCCAGCCAAGAGAAGGAUGGAGCCGUUACCUGGGGAGUGGGCUUUCCGGGACCACCUGGAGGCUGCAGGCCACGUGUGUAUUCUGAAAGAUGCCUCCGACUUGGAAAACUCGUCCGAAAUCGCCAAGCUCAUCGAGGCCGAGAGCCUGGAGGCAGCACUGGCUCUUCAUCUGUACAGAGGAGGCAGACUUCUGCGAGCCACCUCGUGGUGCCCGUGGGUGCGAUUCUUGGGCUGAGUAUCUAGAGGCUGAAUCCUUAGCCGUCAGAUUACAGGGAAAGGGCCACCUUGCCAGAGAGGAGAAAAGACGGAAUGUGCUAAUUUGCACUGACAGAAAGAACUCUCAGGCGAAUAAGAGGGAAGGUCACGGGAUUCCCUUUGGAAUCAUCUUCGGUGGAACCGAUUUAAAUGAAGAUGUUAACCAUGGAGAGAAGAAGGAAGUGAUGGGGAAAGUCCUGGAAGAAGCCAGAUUUGCCGUCGCCUUCACAGAGUCAAUGAAGGAAAUGGCACAAACACAGUGGCCGCAUGCUAGGGGUAAGAUCUAUGUCCAGAGUCAAGGAAUCGUGACAGGACCAAACUCUGCCUUUAACUGGAACACCUUUCUUCGCCAGUCAGGGAUUAACCAAAGUGCUGAUAAUUUACACAUCUUCCUCCUGGUGUGUGGGCUGAGACAAGUGAAGGACCCUCUCUAUCUGGUGGACGCGUUCUCAGAAUGGCAUCGAGAAGAGCCUAAUGUUUACAUGGUGAUCGUGGGUCCUGAAGUGGACCCAGUGUUUACAAGGGAAGUUGGAGCCAGAGUAAAGAGGGCUGCGGGCGUGCGGCUGAUCCGAGAGAUGCCCCAGGGGGACCUACACGCAGCGCUCAAGAACUGCUUCGCGGUGGUGAACAGCUCAGUCUCCGAGGGCAUGUCUGCGGCCAUCCUGGAGGCGAUGGAUCUGGAAGUUCCCGUGCUGGCCAGGAACAUCCCCGGGAACGCGGCAGUGGUGAAGCAUGAAGUCACAGGGCUGUUGUUCUCAGACCCUCAGGAGUUUGUGCAGCUGGCAAAGAGACUGGUCAGCGACCCCGCACUAGAGAGAGAAAUCGUGGCCAACGGAAGGGAGUACGUGAGAGCGCGUCACUCGUGGCAGGCGGAGAGAUGCACCUACCAGAACCUCAUCAGGACCCUCGAGGGAAGCAUCCAGGACUAAGGGCGCUCGCCUGGUGCCCUCACGAGCCCGCCUGUGGCCGCCGCCAGAUGCGCAGCCCCGGGCAGAUACCCAGAGACAGAGCUCUGGGCCACCGGGUCCACCCCGGGACAAGUCACACCGGUUUUAUCGGAAUCCUAGAUAAACAACAUCAGUUAUAAGGCAGAACCUCAUCCGGAUGUCUCUGCUUCCAGAUAACAUCCCGGAUGUGUUUACAGAUCGGUCCUGAUGGAGACGAGGCAGCUCCUGGGCUCACGGGGGUGGGGGGUGGGGGAUGGGGGAGACCACGUUAGCUGCCGUGGGACCCCAGGUACCACAGGGCCUCAUUUGCAAACCACCCAGUGCAGACGCUUCCCUGUGGGUCUUCUGAUGACUUAGGACCCGUCGUUGUUCAAAAAGCAAAAGCAAAAUCGCACGUCCGCACAGAGGGGCCCUGGCAGGUAUGUGCACGGGGCCCCCGGCUCGGGGAGGUUUGCUCCUUGGGACACCAGACAUAAGGCUGUGGGUGAGUCUCCCGGCAGCACAGCUCGCUCAGCAGUUCCAUAGCUGAGAGGCAGGGCAUGCGCCCUGGGAAAGCGGGCAGUCCACACUGCAGGCUCCUCCUGGGAAAGUGGGCAGUCCACACUGCAGGCUCCUCCUGGGAAAGCGGGCAGUCCACACUGCAGGCUCCUCCUGGGAAAGCAGGAGCAAGGGGACGGGGUACACGGGUGCUCACAGCCUGGAAGACACUCCAGUAACCCCCAGAUGGAGCCUGGGUCGUUGCGGUCAGCGUCAGGGACCCAGGGGUGGGGGCCCAGCGGGUCACAAGCUUCCAGCCCGUGGCAGGACCGGCCAUCUGGUGAUGUUACCCCACACCCCACCUUGGAGACCCAGUGUGGCGAGUUUAGCCAAGUGGAGCCGUCACUGCUGUGAUGUCCCUGCCGCAGCAGCACGGCGUCCCCAGAACCGGUGCCUACUCGCCUUUGGAGGCCACACCGGCCCCUGGUGGGUCUUGAGUCACCGCGUUCCCGAGGACGUGCCGUGGCAGCAAAGGGAGUGGAGAGUUCCCCCGCGUGGUGAGAGGUAGAAAGCAGUGGGGACUUGAGAAGGUAGAGCAGCCUCGGGAGCCCACGGCACGUGGUGCUUCGUUGGUCGCUCUAGACGCCGGCAGACCUGGGGGCAAGCAGUCACCUCGACUGGGCCUCCAUCCAGGACGCAAGGACACGUUCAGGGUCUGGACGCUCCCUGUCCACCUUGCUCAGAGCCGAGCCAGGAAGGCAGCUGCUCCUCACAGCUGGGGUUUGCACUCGUGACCCUGCCGGGGCCGAGGUUCCUUGGGGGCACAGCAAGGAGGGGACUCGAGGGAGAAGCCGAGCCCGAGGCGGCUCCCCCUGAAUCUGGAACUGGCAGUGCCCCUUAGAGAGAGCCGCGUGAUGGCUCAGGGGCCACCCAGCGGUGCUGCUGGUUACAAAACUCUAGUUGUUCGGAAGCUUGAACCCAUUCCCUGUUGGAAUGCUGCAGUAGAUGCUUGAUCACGCCGUACCUGAACGCCAUAGGUUUGCGUCCCUAGAUAAACAUGCUCCCAAGCCGGACGCACUUUGGGGAUGGGCGUGUUUCUGAACGAAUAAAGUGCGCCACCAUCAGCCCAGGGA